AUGGUUAUUAGAGAAAUAUACAAUAAUGUUUACAGGAAGGUUCUCAACUCAGACACUUAUAAAGCUGAAUUAUCUGUCGACAAGUUGGCUUUCCGCAAACAACUACUCAAACUUGUUUUUCUUUCACUUCACUCUCACUCAGAACCUUCUAAAGAUGUUACGCUUCUAACGCAAAAGAAAAUCGCAAACUUUAGUAGGUUUCAAUUGAUUGAAUCUGAUAAUGAUAUGGUUGGUGAGGAUGUUAAUGGUGGAAAUAAACUUGGUCCUGCCUCAUCGGCGGGGCACUUGUGUAAUGGAAACAAACCUGUGAUUUCUUUGAAACUGGUUAUUAAGAAGCAAUAUGAUAAUGUGAACCAAAAUAAGCGACUGAAUGAAUUCCAAAUAACCGUUGAGGUACCGAAGUCUAUUCGAACUUUUUUUCUUGUCGAUUACGUAUAG